AUGUGCGCAUUCGAGCACCUCCCGAACGAGCUGCUCUGCCAGGUCGCGGACUUCCUUCCAACCGGCGCUCUUCAUGCGCUCGCCCUCACCUCGCGAAGGCUCGCGACGGUAUCUUACCCCUUCUUAUAUAAGACUAUCCGCCUACCGAUGCCGUUGGAGAGGCCAAAACAAGGGGACAACCACAUCCUCUUGUUCGCGCGCACACUCACAACGCGACCAGACCUCGCUGAUGGUAUCACGGCGCUGGACAUCAGCAUUAACGUCGCCUACAUCUAUAUGGCAUUAGAAGACUCCAUUCACAUGGGCCCCAUGCGGGCACUGAGUGCCAGCAUCGUGGAGAAUAUUCCCGACUCUCUGCCCUUGGGUUCACAGCGCAACAACAAGGCAUGGCUACAACAAUUAUGUGAUGCCGACAAUGUGGCCUGGCUUGGUCUGCUGCUUUACAUGCUGCCGAGCUUGGAAACACUGUAUGCUUGCUUCUUGAACCGUGCUGUAGAUCUUCCAUAUCAUCACUUGAACGUCGGAGCCCUGGAAAACGUUUUCAUGGCUCCCAAAAUGGACUUCAGCUUAGUGCCCGGCUUGUGUGGGUUGAAGGAGUUGGGCUUGCAAUGCGUAGAAGCCAGUGGAGAGUGGUGUUACCUGCCAAAGCUGGAACGAAUGUGGCUCGACCAAAGGGUCAAGUUCAUGGAGCAUCAUCAGUCUCACCCUUCCUUGAGCGUAAAUGAGAUCUCCAUGGCACUUUCGACAGAUGUGCUCUUAACACAGGCAACUCGGCGGACCAUCCGGACCAUAGCUUUUAGUGGAUUAGGGAGGCCGUCGCCCUUUGCAGGACUUCGGCGCUUGAACAUCGACCUCGACAACUACGAUAGGUACCUACGUUGGCUCGACACCGAGAAGCCUAUCGACAUAAUCACCAAGGAGGCCUCAGGUGCCGCUAGCAUGCUUUCGGCGCGGCUCAAACCCAUCGCACAUACGCUCGAAGAAUUCUAUCUGACAGUAGCCCAUGGAACUGACACACGAUUCUUGGAUCAUGUCAAACCAUUCCCAGUUGGUACGCUGAAAAGGUUCCGCAAGCUCAAGGUCCUAUGGCUUCCUCAAGCCCUAAUAUUUCCACGCAAUCUUAUCGACACGCAGAGUCCGGAGCUUAUUCAGCACAACGAGCCACGCACCAUCGACAGUACCGUCCUUCCCGCAACGCUCCAGUCAUUGCGCCUACUAUACCCGACCGCGGAGGUUCACAGCUGGCAAAAGUGGAUCUUACCGAAGCGUGUCCUCCUGCCCGAGCUGAAGUGUAUCGAGACCAUGAUCACAUCCAAGCAUGGCGCAACUCUUCUAGCUUACCGCAAGGCUGCCGACACCUGGAACACAACGACAACCACUGGAAUCAGCGAGCGGGCGGUGGAAUACAACUCCGCCAAAUCUGGAGAUGGUGACUUCCAGACGCCCAAUGAAGCGCAACUCCUCUUUGAGAUCGCUCUACGAGAUAAGCUCAUCGAAGAGCUUCAUCAGAAACUGGCGGAAAAAGAGGCCUGA